AUGAAUGAGGAUUGGCUGCUUCUAGGAGACUUCAAUGAAAUUGCUUGUCCAUCAGAGAAGAAAGGAGGGGGACGAACUGACACCCAGGCGUGCCGAAAAUUUGCAAACUGGAUCAACAACUGUUCCCUAAUAUACUUGGGACAUGUAGGGACUAAGUAUACCUGGAGGGGCCCUAAGUGGGAAGGGCAAGAAAGAGUAUUCAAGAGACCUGAUCGUGCACUAGCUAAUGCUCCUUGGAGAACUAGCUACCCUGAAGCAAGAGUUGACGUACUUACAAGAAUUCAGUCUGACCACCAUCCCAUUAUGGUUUCUCUGGAACCUCCCAAUAGUAGAACUAGUAAUAGACCAUUUAGAUAUGAGGCCAUGUGGAGGCUACAUCCAGAAUUCCCAGAGUUCAUACAAGAAAGAUAG